AACAAGUGUUAUUCAAGCGCACAAGGAAGUGAAUUUGGGACUUGAUAAUGUGUACGUGCCACUAUAAAAGGUGAUGCCACACAAGACACACACAUUCUUCGAGAACAUGAAGGUCCUGCUGGUCACACUGAUGCUUCUGCUGCUGUGUAGCACUCCAGUGCUCACACUCAAAUGCUACACCUGCCAUGGUGAUGACGAAGAUAACUGCAUCACGCAGACGGAGUGCCCGCAAGAUUGGACUUUCUGCAGAACCUUCUACGAUGGGAAUCAACUCCACAGAGAAUGUGUAGAGGAUUGCGAUGACACACUGCCAUUUACAUCCUGCUGUACAGAGGACCUUUGCUAGGCUCCGCAGGUCAUCCUUCACAUUCUAAUGGAUGAAAGCAGCGUGUCAUUCACAUGAUGUGCUUAUCUGAGGACAAUCAUUCGUCCCUAUAUGCUACUCUAACCAAAUUUCAUUAAUUGUCUUUUCUCGUUACAAUUUGAUUUAUCAUCUCACAGCCAUGAUUUCUUUUCAAUGAAUCUGCUCUGCAAACACACACACACUCACGUAAUCCCUCUGUGAUGUUGCUUAGUGGGUCAACUGAUUUCUAUGUGGGUCGCUGUCUGUCACACGGCAAUGUUGAUGCCAAACUGCUGUCAUAAUAAAAAGACAACAUUCUAA